CGCGCCGCCGCCGCCGCCGAAACAGCACAUCGCUCUCUCGAUCUCAGCCAUGGCGGAGGUGGAGCAGCCCCAGGACGCGGUGAAGCUCUUCAACCGCUGGACCUUCGACGAUGUCCAGGUGAACGAUAUCUCGCUGAACGACUACCUGGCUGUGACUGCGGCGAAGCACGCGACAUUCCUGCCGCACUCCGCGGGGCGCUACUCCAAGAAGCGGUUCCGCAAGGCGCAGUGCGCCAUCGUCGAGCGCCUCACCAACUCGCUCAUGAUGCACGGGCGCAACAACGGCAAGAAGGUCAUGGCCGUCCGCAUCAUGAAGCACACCCUGGAGAUCAUCCACCUGCUCACUGACGCCAAUCCCAUCCAGGUGGUCGUGGACGCCAUUAUCAACAGUGGACCACGUGAGGAUGCCACCCGUAUUGGUUCAGCUGGUGUUGUGAGAAGGCAGGCUGUGGAUAUCUCACCCCUGAGAAGGGUGAACCAGGCCAUCUACCUCCUCACCACUGGUGCCAGGGAGAGCGCUUUCAGGAACAUCAAAACCAUUGCUGAGUGCCUUGCAGAUGAGUUGAUCAACGCUGCCAAGGGCUCUUCCAACAGCUACGCCAUCAAGAAGAAGGACGAGAUUGAGCGUGUUGCCAAGGCCAACCGUUGAGUGGAGCUUGUAUCCUGGUGCACUUGCACUAGAACUACGUUUCUGGCAGUCGUAUUUUUUUCUUGUGUUUUUACCCAUGUUUAGACUUUGAGACCUAUAUCUAAGGUUUUGGUUCUCAGUGAACAAUGAAAAUUACUGUGAAAUGCAGUUGUUUUGGUGCAGAAAUGCGCACUGAGAUAUUCUGCUUGUGAAUUUGUGAGUGCUGUUGGCGUCGCCGCUGGCUUGCCGAUGUAGUAUUUCUUGUCACUCAGAUGUCACCGGUUCUAUGUUGGCAAUCUUCUGUAGGUUAGACAAUUGAUGAUAGCAGGUGCAAAUCAAGCUGCUGGUGCAGAUUAGGCAAACCAAUACAAGAAUGGGAAGAUCUUUUUUUUUUUAAAAAAAACAUGUUUCAAACCAGCCUUUUUCACCCCCAGGAUAUUUUUAGCUUACCUUGCUUGCGUUGGUUUGUACCAAUAGUUUUAUCUGCACUGCACCUCUCCGUGUUAUUGGUUAGGUGACACAAUUGUAGCUAUGGAUCUGUUUGUUUCCAUACCCUUGCCUGCUCUCUCUCCGUGUUACAUUGUGCCAUAAUCAGGAUUGCCAUAAUCAGGCCAUGAGAUAAGUUUCUUAAGUCUGCUUUUUU